AUGUUUGAAACACUGGCUCGUGAGUGGGAUCGUUUGGAUAACUGGCGUGUGGACAAAUUUAUGUUGUUAACCAGAGACUUUUUCAAAAUUGGACUACAAAUGAUGCCAGAUAUAAGUGAGGAAAUGUGGGACACGUUUCUUUUGGCAAUAUUUGAGAAGGUUCUGAACAAAGAUGUGCAACACGCGAUCGGGUUAAAGCUACAUGUUUGUACCGUGUUGGGAGAAGAGCUUGCAAAAAAGAAGGUCAAGUCAAUCUGUAUUGUUGCAACCCUGUUGCAUUUGGUCAAUCGAUUGAAAGAUCUACCAAAGCAUCACAGCUACGCUCAUACCUUACUCCGUCUCAUCUUUACUCUCAUUCGGUUUUUGAAAAGACGCGCCAAUGAGACACCUGCUGUCACACCCAUGGAAACCGAUGAGACUGUAACGGCGAAUGUGAAACCGAAAACUUCCAAGACACCUGCAGAUGUAGUCUCCAACGGAAUGAUUCCAAGUUCCGACCCGAUCCCGAUUGAUUCGAAAGUGACAGAGAACGACCCGUCUCCUAAAGAAGAGAAAAUACCCGAGGAAAAGCCCCAACUGGAGAAUAUCAAUGCACUUCACGUUUCGCCUGUCAGUGCUUCGCCGCAGGAGACGCUUGAUGUUGUCUGUGAUGAACAGAUGGAAGCACAGAGCACCGUAAUGGAGACAGUUGUUGCANAUCUUCCGGUCAGCGUCACGUUUCGUUCGGGAAAGUGUUUCGCAAAAGUAUGCCCUAAUCGUGUUUGUUCAUGCAUCACAAACUCGCUUUCAGAGUUCAAAUCUACGCAACGCCUUUCUAUGACACCGACGGCUAAGACAACGCCGUCCAAAGGAAUUUUAAGAGGUGAGUUUUAUAUCACAUUAUCUUCACGUGUUUCCUCUGCAGAACAAUCAUCGUCAGGAACCAAAAGCCGCCUAUCCCUCUGA